CCGAGGUAAAAUCCAGGGCGAUUUGCAUUCAACCCACACAAUGCUAAGGAUAUACGGUUUCGCAUUUCAGCUUUAACAUCUGUCAAGUUGCUUCUCCGGGAGAACUGUGAGUAAAUAUUUUUCCUUAUCACAAGGAAUACAUUUUUUUGCUUAAAUUAUCUGGUGCAUGUACUUCAUUUUCAUGUGUGACGUCAAAUAAAAAUAAAAUGCCAUAGUAAAGUAGCCUGAUGAUUUAUGUCACAAGCUCAGCAGUUCAUCAGCUCAGAAAUUAAAUGAUAUACUGGACCUAAGUACAAAUAAGCAACACACCCCACAUAGAGACUAUUGGGACUUUGAGGUAAAUGUUUUUCACACACCGGUACAUGGUUGAAGGUAUGACAUUAGGGAUUACAGAAUGAAUUGAAUGGAUAUACUGUAUUUGUAAUUGUGAUGACCUAAUUCUGUUUAUAAAAUUAUUCAACUUUUGUGUAUGAUUUUUUGCGAAGAAACCAUGAAAAAACCCUGAAUAUUUCAGUUGGUAAAGACUAUAAUUUCAUGAAGCCACUAAUGCUGAACAAGCUCUUUGCUAACACAACAGCUCAGCCAUUUGCUGCUUUAGUUUUAAUGUACUGAACUGAAAUGAAUUAAUCUAUAAAGCUCUCUCAAAGCUCUACUUUUUAACACCUUUUAUUAUGAACAUAUAAGCACAAGUCUUUUUUCUACUAUAUUUCCCUUUCCGCCCUCCCUUUCCCUGUCUAGUUGAUCCAGUAGUCCUCUUUUCUGAUUCUCUUCUCUGGGCCACAUUAUUUAGGCCUCGUGUUUUUGAAUAAGAUUCUACUCCAGUAAGGUUAAGAUGUUCUACUUCAUUCCUUUAGAAGAUUUUUUAUACUUGUACUUGAUGUACUAACAUUCCACCCAAUUUCUAUAAAAAAAAAAAUACAAUUAUUGCUAUUAGAAACCAUCUUCAACCAAUGCAACAUAAAACGUAAAUGGUUUUAAUGUGAAUAAUCUUAAAAGCACUUUGAGUUGUUGCAGCAUAAAGACAGAAACACAUCUAGUUUAUUGUUAGAUGCCACCAAUGGCAAGUAUACAGACGCUAUGCCUCCUGAGUUGCAGUCAAACAUAGUCUUUCUCUCUUUUCUUUGGUGUGGUCAACCAGUGGCAGGCAUCUAGGAUGGAAAUUACAAACCCUGCUUUACUCCACCCUGUCUAAGUAAUGACUGCCAAUCUUUAAAAAUAUAUUUAGGAAUGGGAAGAACCAUGUUUUGGUAAAGCAUUUUAGGUAGCUUACAUCUCAACAGAUGUAGGCUUUUUUGUGUUGAAGUCUUUUUCAGUGCUUUUCUUUUUAUUAAACAAUCAGCACACACCAUACAUGUACCCAUUAGUUUAUGUAACCUCUGUACUAUAAUGCACUGAGACCAACUAUUUUCAGUGAUGUGAUGAAUUGGUUGGAUGAGGAUAUAUUUUACUAAACUCCAUCUUCUAUAUUGUACAGCUUCCCUAAAGAGCCAUGGCCCUUUCCACUUGUAACCUGUCCUGCGUGGUUGCAGUACUAAUCUGCUGGAGUGGAGCUUCCACAUUUGCCUUUCCCCUAAACAUUACAAUGGAAAUGAGUGGUGAUGGUGCAGAACCAGAGCUUUUCCCUGCAGUGCUUACCACUCACAUCCCUGUUUCAGUUGCUCCAACCCAAAAGGUCAGCACUAUCACCACUACUAUCAUUCGCCUAAAGGACUUUGUCUUCAACCAAGUGGUGGAUGUCUUGAAGGAGAAUCUGCUGCUAUUUACGGUGGUGACCUCUCUCCUCAUUGUCAUUAUCUUCAUUGUGUGUUGUGCCUCUGCCAUGAGUCACAAGCGCAAACUGGACACCUUCUAUCCCCCCACCAAAAAAUACCUCCCCAGGACAUACAUGGACCAUGGGGCCCAUUCAAAAGAUCCUUAUCCUGGGCCAGUGCCCCAAACAACCACGGCCAUGUCCAAGAACCUACGCACACCAUCUAAAGCACUUGUGGGGGCCAAAGAGGGCAAAGAACCAAGACCCAAGCCACUGGAGGGUCCAGUAAUGCAGGAGUUUGAGGAGGUAGAAGUAGAAAUGCAGAAGGAUGAGCCAAAACUGCAAUCAGAAAAAAAAAGCCCUAGUCAAAGUACAAGCCAACCUGUGGUGUGUACCUGCCACCUCAAGAGGGCCAGUCCCCCAGCUGAGUGAGAAAGUGAGAUUGACAGCUAGUGAUAAUAUUGUUUUCCAGGGAAAAGAACUUAACUGUUCAUAAUAAUAAUUAAUAAUUUGUCAUAAUAAUUCUACUGUUACAUUUUCCUGAUUUCUAGAUAUUUUUCUCUAUGCAAUUCUUUGACACAAUGUUUAAUACUAAUUUUAAUUAAAUAUGAUUGCUUCCUGUUUAGGAAAGUUUAUUAUUAAUAGGUUAUUACAUAAUAUUAAAGGAAGUAUGUGAGCACUUGCAUAUCUCUGCUGGGCAUAAAUUAACCUGGAUCAAUUUCAUUAUGAAAUUGAUAUGAUUUCAAGAAUCAAAAUUUGUUUCAAGUCUAUUAUAGUCUAUGCAAACAAACUCAGGCCAUGUUACAUAAUAUAUGAUCACUGAACCAGCCUUGUCAUAAAUGCACACUGGUCACUGUGCUGAUGUAUUAAAUCCAUUAUUAUUAGUGAUUGCAUAAAAUGGAAUAAUAUGUUAUAGUCAUCUGUAAUGUAACAUAUAAUGGUUUUGCUAUCUUUAAGUAGAAAAAAUGACCAUACCAAUAAAAGCCUAAAUAAACUAACUAUAAUAACUUGACAGAUGUAUUUGUUUGAUGUAUGUUGAUAUACUGUAUUUGCCCUGAAUAAAAUGAAACAUUUUGCAUGGAAAAGGCAGGCAAUCAUUCAUUGUGCAAAAAAAAUAAACCACAACCAAACCA